UCACAGCACCACGGCCGUGUAUAAAGCGAAGGCAGACGAAGGCGGAACCCUAUUGUUCCAAGACUGCAACUCGUUUACUUCGGAGGACUACGCCGCUGCUGAGUCAAUUGGACAGAAAAUGGCAGACAAGCCCAGUCUGGACGAGAUCUCCCAGUUUGAUAAGAGCAAGCUGAAGAAGACGGAGACUCACGAGAAGAACACGCUUCCCACAAAAGAGACAAUUGCACAGGAGAAACAGGGCGAGAACUCGUAGGCAGCGGCGAGAGCAGCAUCGUUUCCUUUGUUCCGCGGACUCCCGCACGAAGACCCACGGGCUCCACGGGCAGCGCACGAGGAAAAUGUUCGGCGGACGGCGCCUGACGGACGGGAACUGGUCCUGCGUGACCAAUUGUUCUCGCGUGGGAAAACCCCAGAAAUUUGUACAAAUGUUGAAAUUGACUUAAUAAAAGUGAAUAGAAGUUA